AGGAUCAAUGUGAAGCAGAAAUGCGCAGUCAAAUAUUUUAUUUCUGUUUUAAUUGUUUAUUCAUGGAUUUCAGUAAUCUAUACACGUCAUAUUUUAUACUAAGAAUACAAGCCUAAAUAAAAAAUAUAUUUACCACACAUGUCUUUGUCCCGGGGAAUUGCAAGCGGUUCAUGUUUAAGUCGCGCUUGGACAUGAACCAUUGUGGGUCAAAAGCAUUAGGGAAACAAACAUGGAGGAGUAUGCCCGGGAACCUUGCCCCUGGAGGAUAGUUGAUGAUUGUGGAGGAGCAUUUACCAUGGGAGCCACUGGUGGCGGGGUGUUCCAAUCAAUCAAGGGGUUUCGCAAUGCUCCUGUGGGUGUUCGUCACAGAUUGAAAGGUAGUGCCAAUGCGGUGAGAGUACGUGCUCCACAAAUUGGUGGUAGUUUCGCUAUCUGGGGUGGUCUUUUUUCGACUAUUGACUGUGGGCUGGUUCGUCUGCGAGGGAAAGAGGACCCCUGGAACUCAAUAACAAGUGGAGCAAUGACUGGUGCAGUCCUGGCUGCACGUAUGGUGCUACAUUGCAGCCAUAUCUCCUCAGGUGGUCCUUUGGCCAUGAUGGGCUCUGCCAUGAUGGGGGGCAUUCUCCUGGCAUUGAUAGAAGGCUUUGGCAUCCUCCUCACCAGAUACACCGCACAGCAGUUUCAGAAUCCAAGCCCUUUCAUGGAAGACCCCAACCAACUUCCCCCUAAAGAUGGCAGUCAGCAGCAAGGGAGCAAGGGGACUGGCCAGUUUCAAUAGUUUGCUAUACCAGGGCUCGUAGGCCAAGGGAAGAAAAAGUGGACCCCAAGUCCUUUUCAUGGUUUAUAUUAGCAUUUAUCAAAAUGUAUCAGGGUCGAAGUUUUGUGAAUUAUAGGUUAUUGUAUGUAUGUUUAUUUAUUUAUUUAUCUGUAUGUGUAUGUACAUGCAUCAUGUUUUAAUUGAUUGUGCUCAGUGAAAUUAAGGAAAAAGGGACUGCUUUUGUGAAGUGCUGGAAUUGUGGAAUAACUGUUGAAUUUAUGUGGUCAGCAUACAUAAGGAGACAGGCCUACUGAAAAUGUAGAAAAAAUAUAUAUAACGGAUGAAAUGUAUGAAAUCAAAUGAAAAUCAGGUCUGUCUUUUUUCAUGUAUGUGUUCAACAGUGAGGACACCUGCAUCUCAAACAUUCCUUUAGGCAACUUUUCUACCCAAUUAAUCACAUUAUAAAUCAAUGUAUUGUGUGCACAAAUCAAGUAUUUUCGUUUGGGAAAUAUUGAUGGCCGAAGCUAUUCAUUAAUAAUUAUAACGUUUUAAUAUUUUCCACUAUCUAGGCACUUUAUGGCAAAGAAGCACUUUAAGACAUCCUCUCCGUUCACUAAAUUGAAACGUAUGCGAGCGAGACGGAUGACAUUUGAACGUUUUUGUAAUGCAGAGCGUGUUUGAAUUGACAAAAAUAAAGAUUCUAAAUGA